AUGGCUGAGCGGGAAGGUCGCUACCGGCGCGAUGCCGCGUCCGCCGUGCCUGAUGACGAUGAUGACGACUCUUUUAGCGACAGCUUGUCUCCGAGCCCGCCACCUGUCAAGAAGAGACGAAGUCCGCCACGCGACCGCCCUGCGCCGGUGCCAAUGCCGGUGCCGAUGCCGGUGCCGAUGCCGGCGCCGGAGCCUGAUGUGCGCGAGAGGCUACGCGCAGAGGAGGACAAGUUUCGGAGGAGUCCUCUUGUCGGGGGCGGCUCGAGAAUGGAUGCUGCCAGUCCGAGGGUGGACCGCUACUCACCGCGCGUUGAUGGACGCAGGGAAAGCCGUGCCGACGGCAGGAGGGAGAGCAGGCUUGCUGGUGCAGAGAGUCGACUUGAUGGACGAGACAGUCGGAUGGAUGGCCGCGAUAGUCGGGUCGAUGGAGGGCAUCGGGACUCGAGGCGAGACAGCCAGCGCGAGCGGGAUCGCGACCGCGACAGGGAUCGCGAGAGGGACAGGGACAGAGAGAGCCCACCGCCAUUUUCGACCAAGAGGCAAAGCAUUACGGAUCGUCUGAGGAACUCAUGGAACGCCCGUAAGGAUGGUGCCCGCGACACGCCUCCCCCGCCCAACGCCUCCCUCAACAGGCCGCCCUCGCGGAUGCACUCGCGCCGGUCCUCGUCUGCCGCUGCACCCUCCCCUCCAGGGCCUUCCUCCCAGCGACCGAGUCCCAUCGCCAAGGUCCGCGAGUGGCUCGACACCUGCAACGGCGACCAUGGAACACACUGUCACGGCGAUCCAGGCGGGCCGGCAACGCCUCACUCGGAUUCAGAGGACUCAGACCAAGAGUCCGUCCUGCCGCCGCGAGCACCAGGCGGACCGCCUACAUACAGGCCCAUCUGGCUCAUUGACGCUGUCAGCCGCCGCCUUGUGCGGGCUCGCGCCCAGGACCGUUACAUCGCCCUGAGCUACGUCUACGAGAAGACGCCCGCGCAGACCGCUGCCUCUGCCCACCGCCCCCGGGACGCGCGUCGGGAAAACGUGGACAUGUUGACCGCCACGAUCGAUGAUGCUUCAAUGCCCCAAGCCAUUGCAGAUGCAAUCUGGCUCGCCCGCAAGUUGGGUAUCCACCACCUCUGGGUCGACCGUUUCUGCAUCGUGCAGGACGAUGAUCUGGAAAGGGAGGAAUAUCUUCGUAACAUGGCUUACGUGUUUGCCAAUGCCUAUCUUGUCGUCGUGGCUGCUGCCGGCGAGGAUGCUGAUACGGGCCUCAGCGCCCUCGUCCGUCCUGGCGGAAAGGCGCCGCCGCCUGUGCCCAAGGCUGCCUUGGGCCCGCCAGGCCGCAAAGGCCACGAGGACAUGCUCAUGGAUACACGCUGGCGUGAUCGUUGCUGGACCAUGCAGGAAGGCUUCUAUGGCCGGCGUGCCUUGUUUGUCUUCCAAGAUACCAUGACUUGGGAGUGUCACUGCGACACGUGGAACAUGGCCGGCGACGGCCCCAUAGCUGCCGCCGCGGCCUCGCCUGCCGUGGCCAAAGUCCCUGGCCUGCAGCGCAUGCUCAGCUUGCGCUCGUCAUCUGCUCCCAGUGGCCCGGCACGCCACCUUCACCGCAAGUGCACAGCUCGCGUGUAUCCGGCUGCGCUGGCGUUCCGUCACACGCCUUGGCCUGAUCUCGACGAGUACGCUCGCAUAUGUAUGGACUUUUCUGCCCGACGCCUCGGUAAUAUUCAAGAUACCCCAGAUGCCUUCCGCGGCUUCACCACGGUUCUGGCACGCACCUUUGCUGGCGGUUUCGUCUGCGGCAUGCCAGUCCUCUUCCUCGACGCCGCCCUUCUCUGGCGGCCUGCCGCCACCAUACGUCGACGUCAGCUGGUUCCCACCAUGUCCUCCGGCGGCAUGCCGCCAGUACCCAGCUGGAGCUGGCUGGGCUGGUUCUUCGAUGGUGCGGCAGCCGACAUGACGCUCUGGCGGGCGGCCGCUGACUAUGUCCUCGAGGCUGGCUCGGGCGUGACCCGCAAUGGCAAGGGUGCUGGAGGCCCUGGCGAACGUGAAGGCGAGCCGAAGCGUCGGUACCGGUCGGCCAACUCAUUCCGUCUGCGGACCACGACAGCCUUCCACAUUACGGACCGGGCGACCACGGUGCAGGUCCGCAACGACGGCAUGCGCUUCCGCAACACCCGCCACCAUCGCAAGGGCGGCUCGGGCCUGCCGCUCGGCUGGAGCAAAAGCGCGAGUACGGGCGGCUUCCGCCACACGAGCGACCCGGCCGCCGUGUUCCGAUACCCCAUCCCGCUGGCGAGCAACGUGCCGGCUUCCGAGAUGCCGAUUGGCGGCGGAGAAGCAGUCUACCCUGGUACGCUGCUGUCUUUUAGCACAACGAGGGCCAUGCUCGAAGUAGAAUUUGCAGCACCGUGGCCGGCCAAGUCGGCAGGGGCCGACGGCAUUCCUCUCGCCAUUGGAAACCUGCUUGCGCCCCGUUCAGGGCGGUGGGUUGGCACGCUGCGCAGCCAUGACUCGUGGCUCGGAGUGCAAGGGGCCAACUACGAGGGCGAGGAAGGCGGCGUCGAGGUCAUAGCCGUCAGCGAAGGCAGCGAGCGACAGGGCCCCGGCAGCGACGUUUGGGGCCUUGGGUGCGACGUGGAGGAGAUCAAGGCGAGCGCUGACCAAGAUGGCAUCGUUGAGUUUGUGAACGUCCUGUGGGUGGAGAGGGUGGGCGGCGUCUGCUAUCGGCGGGGCGUCGGGCAUGUACUGCGUCGCGCGUGGGAGGUCUUUGGGCGGGAGAGGCUCGAUAUCCUGUUGGGUUGA